AUGCAGCCCUGCGCCCGUGGGCGCCUCGCCGCCGGCCUCCUGGCCAUGCUGGUAAUCACCAGCGGCGCACUUGCCCAGCCGAUCGUCGCUCCUGACGGUGCGUCUCCGGGUCCGACCCAUGCGCCUUGUGGGAACCUCGACACGCCGGGGGUCAUCCAGCGUGUGGCCGGGCUCUUCCAAAACCACCACUCGCUCAUCACCGGCUUCAACACCUUCCUCCCGCCGGGCUUCCGCAUCGAGGUGUCGGAAAACAUGUCCGGCCCGAUUAUCCUCACCAACAAUGGGGUAUCCAUGCGCCUUGAGCCGAUCUUCCCGACAACCGGGCCACGCUCCAUCCAAGCGAACCAAGCUGUGCCCUCGGUGGUCGGCCCGGUUGCUGGCACUCCUGGCGACAUGGGCCCGACCACCAUGGUGGUCGAUGGCCCCCCGCUCGCCGGACCUGGCGGCGCCCCCCCCGGGGGCAUGGUACACAUGAUGCCCGGAGGCGCCGGUCCGGGCAGUGCCGGCCCCGGUGCCCCGCUGGUUGCCAACACCUCGGCGGUCCCCCUGGGCCACAUGGCUACCGGCCCGGGGCUCGGGCCGGGUCGCGGCCUCGGUGGCCACAUGCACCAUGGCGGGCUUGGUCCAAUGGCCCCGGGCCUGGCCCCGGGCCCGGGCCCGGGCCCGGGGCCCACUCUGACCGGUCCCACUUCGCAGCAGCAAACGCCGCAACUCGCCACCCCGACGGUGCCCUCGCAGCAGGGCGGCCUGGUGCCCAUGCCCGCCCUGUCCCCGGGCCAGCAGUCCCAGCCGUCGCAUCAGCCGCAGUCGCUGCCCACCGGCGGCCACCAUGCGGCCUUCCCACCGAUGCAAGCCACCGGCCAGUUCCCCAUGCAUGGCGGCCAGCAAUCGCAGGGCUCCUCCGGGCAUGGUGCCAUGCCGGGGCUCGGCCCGGCACUCGGGCCCGGGCCCCUCCCCGGCAGCGGCCCCAUGCUCCCGCCCCUGGACACCGCUGGCUCCGGGCCCCCGUCGGCUGCCACCACCCCGGCACCCUCCGGCGACAGCGGCACGGCCUUUGCCUCUGGUACCGGGGCCUCGAGCCCCUCCUCGGCGGACUCGCCGCAGGACGGCCGCGCCGGGUCCCCCUCCGGUGGCUCGCAGCAGGGCGAGCCGCCCGGGGAAACACCGGGGGCGGAUUGA